UGAACGCACGUAUUUGAAUCUUUUAAACUAUAAACUAAUUUGUUUAUUGUUGGUUAAUUGUUUUCAUUAAUUUAAGUGCGAAUUAUUUUAUAUAAAUAAUGAAGGAAAACUCGAUAAUUCGUAUUCACGACUGUUAUAUAUUGCGUGAUGGUAAAAUAAUUAAAGAAGACCUCUGGAUACGAAAUGGUGUUAUCGUAAACCCCGAACAAAUAUUUUAUGUAGAACAGGCUGAGGCUGACCACACAAUAAAAGCAUUCGAAAAUUUACUAAUAGCACCCGGAUUUAUAGAUAUUCAAAUAAACGGAGGGUGGGGAAUUGACUUCUCGUAUGAUUCUGAUAAUGUUGAGCAUGGCGUAAAAACAGUUGCAAAGAAGUUAUUAGCCCAUGGUGUGACUUCAUUUUGUCCAACUAUGGUUACAUCAGACAAAGAUAAAUAUGCAAAGAUUCUGCCCAAGAUCAAAAAAGCACAAGGUGGUCCAGAGGGUGCAACUGUGCUUGGUGUUCAUCUUGAAGGACCAUUCAUUAGUCUAGCUAAGAAAGGUGCACAUGCAGAUGAAUAUAUUAGAAAUCCUGACAAAGGUUUAGAAUCACUUGAGGAGGUGUAUGGAUCACUAGACAAUGUUAACAUUGUCACUAUAGCUCCCGAGCUACCUGGCGCAUUGGAUGCUAUAAAGGGACUCACAAAAAAGGGCAUCAAAGUUGCUCUAGGACAUUCCUCUGCUAGUCUCGCCGAGGGAGAGGACGGUGUCAAGAGCGGCGCGAAUUUAAUAACUCAUCUAUUUAACGCCAUGUUACCAUUCCAUCACCGGGACCCUGGUUUGGUAGGUCUGUUGGCAUCCACAACAGAACGACAAGUCUAUUAUGGAAUAAUAUCUGAUGGUAUACACACUCAUCCAGCUGCACUCAGAAUAGCCUGUAGAACUAAUCGUGAUGGUUUGGUGCUGGUCAGCGAUGCGUUUGCAGCCCAAGGUCUUGCAGAUGGUACUUACCGCAUAGGCCCCAUGGCUGUGAGCGUUGACAAUGGAAGAGCCUACGUGGCUGGUACAAAAACUCUAUGCGGUAGUACCACCGCGCUGGACGAAUGUGUGAAAACUUUUAAGGAAUCUACAGAUUGUACAUUAGAGUACGCUUUACAAACUGCCUCACUCCACCCAGCUAAGGCUUUGGGCAUCGAUCAUAAAAAAGGGAAUUUGAAUUUUGGCUGCGACGCCGACUUCGUGGUACUGCACCCUAAAACACUGAAGGUGAUGUCUACAUGGAUAAACGGGGAAAUGGUUUUUGUCGACGAAGAGAUAUCGAUUACAAAUAUUCAGUUAAACGCUAAAAAUUUGACUAGAUAGUCUUUCCCAAUAAUGAGGACUUGACUUAGCGAAAAAAGCACCAAACCAACGUAUUUGGUAAAAGUGUUUUAAAUCAAAGUCUUGUAAAGAAUUUGAUUCUUACAAAAUCAAUUCGGUAACAAAAGAAUACUUUUGUUUAUUUUAACGGGAACAACGAUUUCCGAUACAUACCUAUUAUUGGAAAUUGAACGAUUUUAUUUGAUAAAUUUUUAUUGAAAAAAUAAAGCAUUUUUACACGCUUAGUUUAAGAAUAAGAAAAAAUAUUUCACGGUGCAGCAUCCUAAUUUCGGGAAUCCAUAUAAGAUGAAUAAAUAAGGUAGGUAUACAAUCUACACUAGUUUUUGUUGGAAAA